UUCCCAUUGUAGUUACAGGGUUUUUGGGAAUGAUCCCUACCUUCUCAAAUUCCCCGAGCGAUAAUGUUAAUAUAAUUCAGUUUUUCCGCACGAUGGAUAACAUAGCGCGACUAGCAAAAUGGGGAGAUGAUGUUAAAAUUGCUGUUUUACAAGCCAAACUGAAGGGAGAUCCGUUAAGUACGUUUAUGUGUUUGUUAGAGCACACCCCCAUACCAGAUUUCGGAGAAAUAAAGCGGAAUUUGAUAAAAUGCUAUGAGAAGUUUGAAGGUAGAGAGAGAGGGCAUUUGGAUCAAUUGCUGAACAUAAAGCAAGGAGGGAGAGAAUUAAUUAGUGAUUAUAUUGUUAGGACAAAGACGGUUAUGUCCAGGGCCAUCCAGGAAAACCGUACUGUUGUUUCGUUCAAGGAUGACGUCAUUAAGGAAAGAUUUAUUAGAGGUCUCCAUCAGAAUAUCCGUUGCCAUGUGAGCCGCCGUGAGCCUGAGACGUUAGAACAGGCCUUCGAAUGGGCCGAGAAGGAGGAACGUGUGGAGAGAGAAUGUGGUAGCUCACGGGAAAUUAGAAAUAUAGGUUACAAUGCCCACAGUGAUCAACGGUGUGAGGAGGGAAGGGAAAGCGCUAAUCCUGUAAUGCUCCACAGAGAUGACGAUCGCUUGGCAAGUUUAGAAAAAGGUAUGAAAUCCCUUCUCGAAGUCGUGACGAAGCUAGUCGAAACCCGGCCAGAAAGGCGCGACUAUCCCGGCCGCCGGUGCUUUAUUUGCGAUAGCCCGAAUCAUCUUGCCCGUAGAUGUCCAAAUCGUAAGAGCCAUGCUUUAAACUAGGACAGGAACUCGAUGACGGUCAGCGUA